AUGCCUGCUGCCAAAGUCAUCCGCGAGGAGCCUUUGGACAACAAAGACGCGAAAUGGAUCCGCCUCAAGAAGAUCCGCUACGCUGAUCAAGAUGGCAAGCACAGGCUUUGGGAGUGCGCCGAGCGGACAACGCGCAAAGACUCUGGAAUAGACGGCGUCGCUGUCCUCGCUGUCCUUCGCUCCAAGACGAAGGCUUUCCCCCUCUCGACGGUCAUUAUAGAGCAGUACCGUCCUCCUCUCGACAAGAUUGUCAUUGGCAUGCUAAAUUUGCCUACUGUCAAACUUCCAGCUGGCCUCAUCGAUACAGGCGAAACGGCUGAGGCAGCAGCCAUUCGAGAGCUGAGGGAGGAAACAGGAUAUGAAGCCGAUAUGACGACCGAACCUGAGUCCUCGCCAAUUGUCUUCAGCGACCCAGGAAUGACCAAUGCUAACAUGAAACUCGUGGUAGUAAGUGUCCUCCUGGAAGAUAAACUCGAAACGCCUGCCCCGCAUCUUGAUGAUGGCGAACAUAUCAUCACCCGCGUCGUAGAGCUAGACCAACUCGAUGCUGAGCUUAAAGGUGCGCCCUAUCAUCCAGUUCACUCCGAUGGAAUGUAUUCCCAAUCUUCAAAUAUUCAAGCAUACGACAAGAAGGGUUUUGCAGUGGAUGCCAGGCUCUCUCAUUUCGCUGCUGGUUAUACGAUGGCGAAGAGGAUAAGUAGCGGCGCAUUCCUGUGA